UCAACAACGUCCCAUACUGUUAUUUUGAUUAUAAAUUAUUAAUAAUUUUAGUUCCAAUUAAUACUUUAGUUUGAAAGUUUCCAGAAUGUUUCGUAGCGCAAAGAUGACUCUGUGCAACAUUUACGUGCAGCCGCAGGCAGCGUUCCUGACAUUGUCUCGACUCGGGGACAUGGGCUGUGUCGAGUUCCUAGAUUCAAACAGCAGCGUCCAAGCCUUUCAAAGGAAGUACGUUCCCGAGCUAUGCCGAUGUGAGGAGCUGGAGCGCAAGCUGCGGCUGAUGGAGGCCGAGCUGAAGAAGGACGGCAUCGCCAUCGCACCGCUCCAGCUGAACCCCAAGCCGGUGCAGCAGCAGGAUAUGAUCGCGUUUGAAAAUCUCCUCGAAGAAUGGACGACAGAUAUAGAGGAGAUGACCACAAACAACCAGACUCUGCUGAAGAACUACUUGGAACUAAGCGAAAUGUUGUAUGUGCUCACGACCCUGAGUCCAAUAUUCGGCUCAGCGGACCUAGAGCGCGAUCCCAGAUACGCAAAAGCAACUGGAUCUCGACCGGAGUCAAAGUUUGGACUGACUGGACACUUGGUGGUGGUGACGGGUGUGGUCAGGAGGGCUCGCAGCCACGCGUUUGAGACCAUGCUGUGGAGGAUCUCGCACGGGAACCUGUUCUACCGAGUGGCUGCUGAGGACAAGACCCUGGUGGAUCCGGCCACGGACCAGCAAAUACGAAAGGUGGCGUUCAUAAUAAUUUGCCACGGCGAUGAACUAGGGAACAGAGUGAAGAAGAUUUGUACCGGGUUCAAAGCCAAUCUCUACAACUGCCCGACAACGCAGGAAGAACGGGAGGAAAUGAUAUACAAACUACAAGUGCGACUCGAUGAUAUUGAACAGGUAAUGAAAAAGACAAAAUACCAUCGAUGCAAGGCAUUGAGAUCCGUAGGUCGGCAAUUUAGUCCAUGGAUGGCAUCAACUAAGAAGUCGAAAGCGAUCUAUCAUACGAUGAACCUAUUUUCGCUGGAUAUUACUAAGGAAUGCUUGAUAGGACAAUGCUGGGUACCAACUGACCAAUUGAAGGCUGUCCAAGACGUUUUAGAGGCUACUUCGAAAGAGAGUGGGGCAGAAGUGGAGUCGUUCAUCAGUGUGGCUACCACGACCGACGCGCCGCCCACCUUCUACCGCACUAACAAGUUCACGAAUGCGUUUCAACUUCUCAUCAAUGCGUAUGGAGAUGCAACGUACCGAGAACUUAAUCCUGGAUUAUACACAGUAAUAACUUUUCCAUUUUUGUUCGCUAUGAUGUUUGGAGACAUAGGACACGGGUUAUUGAUGCUAUUAUUCGGAGUUUGGAUGGUCUAUCAUGAGAAAAAAUUCAUAGCUGAACGGUCAGAUAAUGAAAUCUGGAAUAUAUUUUUUGGUGGUCGCUAUGUAAUUCUACUUAUGGGAGCAUUCUCAAUAUACACCGGGUUUAUCUACAACGACUGUUUCGGAAAAAACCUUUCUCUGCAGAAUUCAAUGUGGAAGAACCCCCAUUCUCUGGAAGUGCUGAUGGGUCCGCAAAAGACCAACUUUCUCGAUGCCUUCGGCAAAGGGCCGAAUCGUACUGCACCACCAAAAACGUACUGGUUUGGGAGAGAUCCCGCUUGGAGUAUGGCUAAAAACAAAAUGGUUUUCGAGAACUCUCUCAAAAUGAAAUUAUCAAUAGUAGUGGGUGUAAUGCACAUGGUUUUCGGUAUCAUUCUUAGUUUUUUCAACCACAUGCAUUUCCGUCACACACACGCAAUCUUUUUGGAGUUUUUACCACAAAUCAUAUUUCUGAACUGUCUUUUCAUGUAUCUUGUCUUCAUGAUGUUUUUCAAGUGGUUCACAUAUUCCAUGUAUUCAGAUACGCAUGAGACAAGAGAACAUUGCGCUCCUUUACUCCUCAUAUAUUUCAUAGACAUGGUAUUGUUCCGCGACACAAAACCAGUGGAAGAAGACUGCAAUGCGUACAUGUUUGCGAACCAACCCUACAUACAAAAAUGCCUCGUGUUGGUCAGUCUUGUUUGUGUUCCGAUCAUGCUGUUUGGGUCACCGGUCUGGGUCAGCCGCGUCAAUGCUAAGAAGAGAGCUGGACUUCGAUUCCAAAAGAAGCAUUUUAAGGGUACCCACGGGGUCCUGGCGCACCGCCGGUUCCGACAUUCCGAUGCCUUCGCUGAAACUGACCAAACGAAGGAGCUGACAGAACUGGAAAACAUGGAGAGGAAAUAUAGAGAGCUGCAUGCAAAGAUGGAAGCGGAAGUGGCGGCAAAAUACCCGGGUUUUGGAGAACUGAUGAUCACUCAAAGUGUUCACACCAUAGAGUUUGUGUUAAGUACUGUGUCGCAUACGGCGUCGUAUCUCCGCUUGUGGGCGCUGUCUUUGGCACAUGCACAAUUAUCCGAGAUGUUGUGGGAUAUGGUUUUUGGCAAACUUGCUCUUGCAGAUCACAGUUGGCUGGGAAUUUUAAAAGUAUUUGUCGUAUUUUCUGUGUGGGCUUCGUUUACUCUCACAAUUAUGGUGCUAAUGGAAGGGCUUUCGGCGUUUCUUCACACACUACGACUCCACUGGGUAGAAUUUAUGAGUAAAUUCUUCAUAGGCGGUGGUUACGCUUUUCGUCCAUUUUGUUUUGCUGACAUUAUUUACGAGAAUGAAACAGUGGACCUGAAUGUUUGUGCAAAGAAGGCCAAGGACAUGUUAGCCAAGAAGACCGCAGCCGAACAAAGAAAGACGGAAGACCAAUUUAGAGUUCCCUCAUAAAUAUCAGAGAUACCAUGGAGAUACGAUAAUCGAAUCGAAUCUCGGAUCUCGAAUUGGCAGUCGAAGAAAUAAGGACGAGGCCCCGUUGCAAAAUACGGUGGGUAGCGUCGCGUCGCGUCGUCUCGCUGCCAUACACUUUUAGGACAUUUAUUGGACAAAUGGACAAUCGUUCCUUUGGGACGACGCGACGCGGCACAACGCAGCGCAAUGAACCAAUGGGGCCUCAUCACUAUUGUAGUCGUUAGAGGUUGACAUCGCUUUAGUAGU